CAAUCUCAUCCCACUCCUCACGCGCUCUAAGCCCAUCAUCAAUGUUCCGCCGCCACGGUUCAGGACCUUCUGUUCCGUCGCCACCGCACCGGAAACUUCGGACACCGAUCACCAGACGAAGCACUCCGUCCUCCUCGAGAAGCUCAGAGUGAGACAUCUCAAAGACAGUGCAAAGAGCUCAGAACUCAAGAAUAAGGACCAAACAAAGAAGAAUUCUUCUUCUUCUACUGGUGAAAAUGAGAGUUUUGAUGGGGUGGUGGUGAAAAAGAAUAAGCUUGUCGGGAGUUUUGAAGAAUUGGGUUUGAGUGAAGAGGUUAUGGGUUCUGUUAGGGAAAUGAGUAUUGAAGUUCCCACUGAGAUUCAGUGUAUUGGUGUUCCUGCUGUCUUGCAAGAGAACAGUGUUGUGUUGGGUUCUCACACUGGCUCUGGCAAAACCCUUGCUUACUUGCUUCCCCUUGUUCAGUUGCUAAGACGGGACGAACAGUUGAAUGGAAUACAGUUAAAGCCCAGGAGACCUCGUGCUGUUGUGCUAUGCCCUACGAGGGAGUUGUGUGAACAGGUUUUUCGAGUUGCGAAAUCAAUUAGUCAUCAUGCACGGUUCAGGUGCACAAUGGUAAGUGGUGGUGGCCGUAUUAGGCCUCAAGAGGAUUCACUUAAUAACCCCAUUGAUAUGGUAGUUGGUACCCCUGGAAGGAUUCUUCAACAUAUUGAGGAGGGCAACCUGGUGUAUGGCGACAUCAAAUACUUGGUAUUGGAUGAGGCAGAUACAAUGUUUGAUCGUGGCUUUGGUCCUGAUAUACGCAAAUUUCUGGCCCCAUUGAAACAUCGUGCAUCAAAGUCUGAUGGCCUAGGUUUUCAGACCGUCUUGGUAACUGCAACAAUGACAAAGGCUGUGCAAAAGCUAGUUGAUGAGGAGUUUCAGGGCAUUGUACAUCUGCGAACAUCAACAUUGCAUAAAAAGAUUUCUUCUGCUCGUCACGAUUUUAUUAAACUUUCGGGUUCUGAGAACAAGCUGGAAGCAUUACUUCAGGUACUUGUGCCAAGCCGAGCAAAAGGCAACAAGGUGAUGGUUUUUUGCAAUACUUUGGACUCUAGCCGUGCAGUGGAUCACUACCUUGUUGAAAAUAUGAUUCCUACUGUCAACUACCAUGGGGAAGUACCAGCAGAGCAAAGGGUUGAAAACCUCAAUAAGUUUAAGAAUGACAUUGAUGAUCGUCCAACAUUAGUUUGCACAGACUUGGCCGCUAGGGGUCUGGACUUGGAUGUAGACCAUGUUGUUAUGUUUGACUUCCCCUUGAACUCUAUCGAUUACCUUCAUCGGACUGGUAGAACUGCUCGUAUGGGUGCAAAAGGGAAAGUAACCAGUUUGGUUACAAAGAAGGACUUGAUCUUGGCCACUAGAAUAGAGGAGGCAAUGAGGAAGAAUGAGAGUUUGGAGGCUAUCACGAAAGAAGGAGUACGAAGGGAUAUCGCCAGGACCCAAGUUAAUGGGCAGAGUGGGAAGGACAGAAAAUUAGUUAAAGUUUCUAAAGUUAAGAACAAUCCUGGUGGACGUGCCAGUUUAGGGAAUAAAGGAUCAGAUUUGAAAUCCGGAAAAGGAUCAUCAUCGGGAAAAUCUAUGAAGAAAGGGAUUAAGGUUUCAAAUUCUGUAAAAUCCUCCAGUGCUAAUAGCUCGAGAAAAGCUUCUUCAGGGGAUAAGCGAACAAGUAAAAGGACCAGUGCCACCAAAUCGACAAAUUCUAAACUCAGUGUUGUCGGGUUUAGGGGUCGGAACUCAUCAUCAAACCCCUUGUGAAGUGGGUUGGUGUCUCAUACUGUAACCAAGUAUUUCAUGCAGAUGGAGUACAAGUUAAGCUUGUGGGGUUUAUGAAUCUCAGAAAACUUCAAACUCUAUUUCCAAGUUAGUAAUGAACGAGAAGUCUUAGGAGGGGUUACUACAUUGCCAUUGGAGUCAUAGAUUAUGACACCAGAGAAAUCAGGAAGCUGGCACUUCCCACCCAUAAGUAUGUUCCUCUGCCACAGCGAACCGUCUCCUUCUUGUUGCUCGCCCAUGCUUGUCGCUGCCACAGCUUCGUUGUGGACCUCUAUCACCGGCUCUUCUUCAACAAAAGCAUCAUAACAAGCUUUCCACUGACGCCAUUUGCGCGAAUGAGAAGCGCACAUGAGCAAGGCAACGGCACACAACACAAGGGUCAUAACAGCUAAGCCAAUAUGUGAGGUGCUAGGCAUAGGGUGGAUCAAUAGAAGUGGACGAGCCAUUGUUGAUGAUAUCUGAAUAAUGAGCUGUGUCUGAACUCUGAAGCAUGAAGGUGGUAUGCAAAAGAGCAUGUAUAUAUAAUUUGUGUGCUUAGCCAUUACCAACUUGAAAGUGUAGUUGGUGUUGAAGGAUUUGUUAGCUUUUUGUUCUUGUGGUUUUAGCAGCAGUGUGUGUGUGAAUGUGGUUUAGGUAUUCUUUGAGCAUGAGGAUUGGUCAAAAGCCUGGU